UAUACUGGUUGCAUGUAAGGUUCAGCCCAAUUGGCGGUUCCCGAACCCUAAACCCAUAUAGGUUCAUCUUCCCCGUACAGUGUCAACUGACAAAAUACCAAACCCGAGCAAAGAGAGGAGACGCAGAAAGCAGGAUUGGUAAGUAAUAGGCGGAUAGAGACAGAGCCAUGGCGGAUAGCAAGGUGUUUACAAUCCGUACGAGAAAGUACAUGACCAACCGUCUCCUCUCAAGGAAGCAAUUUGUGAUUGAUGUCCUCCAUCCAGGAAGACCAAAUGUUUCCAAGGUGGAAUUGAAGGACAAAUUGGCAAGGAUGUAUGAAGUGAAGGAUCCAAAUGCUAUCUUUGUAUUCGAGUUUCGCACCAAUUUUGGAGGAGGGAAAUCCACUGGCUUUGGUUUGAUUUAUGAUUCUGUGGAGAACGCAAAGAAGUAUGAGCCCAAGUACAGGCUAGUCAGGAAUGGACUAGAUACGAAGCAGGAGAAAUCAAGGAAACAGUUAAAGGAAAGAAAGAACAGAGCCAAGAAGAUUCGUGGAGUAAAGAAGACCAAGGCUGGUGAUGCUGCAAAAGGUGGGAAGAAGAAAUGAGUUUUUGAAAAUUUUUGGGGUUGCAUUCUGCUUCGAGAAUUGUCAGCUCUUUUUGUUUAUUUAUUUAUUUAUUAUUAUUUAAUUUUAUUUUUAAAAAAUCUUUUCAUGUAUGUUUCUUUUUUUCCAUUCGAUUAUUUCGUUCCUUAUCUUACAUUGUUAUUUAGUCAGUUCUAAAUUUUGGGUUGAUGUCAUUCACUUGGCAAAGAAAAGAGAAUGGGAGAUGCUUAUAAUUUCGUUAGUAAA